GGAGCUGUCCGCGGUGCUGAAACCAGACUCGAGUGCUCGAGGCAGAGAGAUGCUCAGCUCACUCACGACCCUCCACAGAAACUAAUCACAAAGGCGUCACCAUGCCCUCUCUCCCCGAGACCUGCACAACAAGCAAACUCUUCCUCGUCUGUUUCACCCACCUCCUCUUAGCUCUCCUCUUCCUCAGCUCCUCUGGUGUUCACGGGGUGGCACUCAGACAGCACAGACUGCAGGGAAGUGAAUCAGACUCCCAGAGAGGAAAUGUCCACCAGGCUCCUAACGUUGACAUGCUCAAAGCCUUGGAGUACAUCGAGAGCCUCCGUCAGAGAACUGACACGGACUCCCAGCAGCACGACCCUCUCUCUGCGGGCUACGACGCCAGCCACGUGGACGAUGCUGAGAAGCUGCGUAUGAUGCUGAGACUGGCUUCCAACCCUGUGCAGAGUAAAGAUGAGGAUGAGGAAGAGGAGGGGAGGGAGGAUAAGAGUGAAGAGCUGCUCCAGGCAGUGCUCAGCACCCUCCAGCAGACGGAAAAGGCGUCAAAGCCAGAGUCACUUCGCCCUGGCGCCGAAGGAGAAGUCACGAGGGACGGCAUGUAUCCCAAGGUGCAGCAGAAGCAACACGGCAUCCUGCUCCACAAGAAGCUGCCGUUAAUGUUUGAGGAUGAGGAAGAGGGUGAGGGGGGUGAGGAAGAUGAAGAUGAGGGGCCAGAUCUGGAGCACGAGAGCCACUUCAAACGCACCAAUGAGAAUGUGGAGGAGAAGUACACGCCUCAGAAUCUGGCAACGCUGCAAUCUGUGUUUGACGAACUGGACAAGCUGACAAGCGUGAAGACCGUGCAUAAACGCCAAGAUGAGGAGGACGACAUGGAGGAGGAUGAUGAUGAUGAUGAUGAUGAUGAUGAGGAAGAGGACGACGAUAUGUUUAAUGUGAGGAAUGUGGCGUACGAUGACGUAGGCAGGGAUCUCGCGCUCAACUGGGGUCCGCUACGAGAACAGGAAGAGCAAGAAGAAGAAGAGGAAGAGGAGAGGGACAACAAACAUGAGGCAGACCGAGGGCUUGAUUAUGUUGACGACAAUGAUGAAGAAGACGAUGAGGAUGAUGAAGAGGAAGAUGACGAAAGCUACCCAGUCAAGAGGUCAAAAGAUACAGAUGAUGUCGCCAACCUGGUGGACUACUACCUCCUGAAAGUGCUGGAGAAAACCGAAGCAGAAGAGCAGAAGCGAGAGAUGGAGGAAGAGGAGGAAGAGGAGGAGAAGAAGAGGGCUGAGAGGAGAGUGGCUCAGACGCAGUACAGAGAUAAUAUCAUCCCACAAACCAUCUACGAGUUCAUUCAGAUCUCCCAGAAAUACCAGAUUCCACCUGAAGACCUGAUGGACAUGCUCAGAACCGGAGAAUUGACGAAUCAAGAGCGGUCACGAAAGGUAAACAAAUUAACCAGAGCACAAAACAAGCUCUCUCAGAUAUCCUCAAAGAAGAUACACAAGAUUCCUGAAGCUAAAUUCUACAGUAGACGCCUUCCUGACAGUCAGAAAUCCCCAGAGGAGCUGAGGACAGAAGAAAUCCUCAACAUCCUUGGGUUUGGGGCCGCGGAGGACCGAGCUCCCGCCAGGAAGCAGAAGCAGUACAAAAGCCCGCUGUCACGACUUCACACUCUGCCUGUGGGGCGUCCGGGAGAAUCCACUCCCACGCAGCGGCGCCUUCCCGCCACAUUAAAGGACGACUAUGACAACACCAUGGACGAGGACGAACUGGCGGCGUAUUUAGCGGCUCAGAUGCCGGCACAGUAUCUGAACCCCACGUACAGCAAGGUGAGCCAAAAGCGGGACGAGGCUGGACAGAGCGUGACAGGCUCUUUUGAACAGGCCAUUCAGGAUUAUUUUGAUCACAUGGACUCAGAUAAAAGCCCAAAUGAAAAGAGACAGUCGGAGAGUGGCGAGAGGAGCGGGGGCACGCAAAUGCAAGGCUUUGAAAACGAGGCAAUGAUAAAACUGCUGAGCUACCUGAACCCAGAAACUGAAGACAGUGAUGGCAAAACUGUCUAAAGAAUAUAAAUAAGGCUGUAUAUAUAUAUAUAUAUAUAUAUAUAUAUAUAUAUAUAUUUAUAUUUAUAUACACAUACAGUAUAAAUAUAUAUAUAUAUAUAUAUAUAUAUAUAUAUAUAUAUAUAUAUAUAUAUAUGUGUGUGUGUUGGUGGAGGUGGAGGGUGAAAACAAAGUAUUUUAAAGAAUAAAACAUGUCAACUUUAGUUCUUCUGUAGGUUUACAAAAGCUGUUAUUUAUUAGCAGAAAAAUAUGUUUGGACAUUCAUUUGAUGCUUUUCUGUUUUUUUUUUUUACAUGUUGCUCAACAGCAUUUAACAACCAGUAGCCUACAUGUGGACUCACCAGCCUUACACACACACACACACACACACACACACACACACACACACACACACACACACACACAACCAAAAUCAGUGUUGGAUCCCUUAGAUUCACUUGUGUUUUUUGGUAAUUCUUUCUUAAAUGUGGUCAUAUGUGACAUACCUGAGGUUAAUAAAGCAUUGACUUUA